UUGUUAAUCCACACAAUGCCUUACCAGACAGUCGCCCAUUCUUAAUUCUUACUGUAUAUAAAGCAGCACCUACCGGGUAGUGAACAGGCUUCACCAGAUAGACACCUUAUUCCGUAUAUAAAUUACACACGCAUAUUUUUGGGACCACAUCGUGAAAAAUAUGGCAAGAUAUUUGAUUUUUCUGUGUAUGUUGGUAGUUUCAGCAUCUUUAGGAUUGCAGAUCGAAGACGAUGUGUCCCUAUUGAAACUUUUUCUCAGAGAACUAAUGGACUCCGAAAAAAUAAUAAGCAAGAAAUCAGGCUGCAAUGAUGAGAUCAUAGUUAAGUACGCGGGAUGUUACCGUCAGGUCCCUAAGAUGAAAUCAACAGACUGCGUCAGCCGAGUUGACCAUUACAUUCAAUUCAUGCACUGCAUUUAUAUGGCAAAGGGCAGUGUUUCUGAGAGCUGCAAAGCUGAAAUGGGCCAAAAAGAGGUCGCUGCCAUGAAUGUAUUUAACAGAAAUCUGCAAAGCCAUGGUUGCCUACGCCGGUAGAUGAUUUAUAAUAAGCAAACAAGAUUGUGUAUAUUAUGCUUCUAAUACUUGAUGAUGGAAACAGUUAUGAUUGUGCUUAAGAACAGUAGCUGGAACAGCUUAUUAUGCUUGUAUUAAAGGGCGAAUCUUAAGGGGAGUUAACUUACAGGACACCAUAUACAUUUGGCACUAUAUGCAUGUACUAUCUUAUUUUUAUAAGUUCAAUUUGUUUUAUGCUGAUCAUUGUUUUUGCUGAUCUUUGUAUUAUGUAUUUUAUUUCUAUGAGUUGUUUACAUGAUAUGCUCCUGGUAUCAUUUUAUUAACAUC